AUGGAAUUUGAAUUAUUUGGAAGACGUCUAAAAGCCGGCAAAGGCAAGAAAAAUGACGAUACCAAACCCAGUGAGGCAGAUGAAUCCAUAAAUGGUUCAAAGCCAGGAUCAACAAAUUCCUUAAAGGUCCGUAUUGAAGAAUUGGAAAAACAAAAAUUUGAAAUUAAACAAUUAAGAGAGGAAUUGAAUAGGAUUAAAAGUUAUUAA